AUGCCCGGGCACCACGCGGAAAAAGGAAAUGGUGAUGGCAGAAGAAAUAAUGACAAAAACACCACGAUUUCCGAGGGUCUUAUUUCAUUGGAUGGAGAGAUGUCUUCUUUUGAUGACGCCAUCGACAAGCAAAAUUAUCACAAGGGGAAUGGUAGUUUUGGCCUUCCGAGGUAUGUGCCGCGAUAUCCGUUUGAUCAGAGCCGCCGUGAAAGUGUUCUAAACGUUCCCUGGCAUCUGCGCAAACCGGGGGGGUUGGAACAGUGUACGUUUUUUGAUUCGUUUCGUUCUGUGAAAUUUUGGAGGCAGUCGGAGUUUGCGCUACGCAUCACACUCUUUGCCGUUCUACUCCCUGCCUCACUUAUUGCGGCGGAGUUACCCAACUCGCCAUUUGUAUCAAAGACGCACUGUCUUUCUGCGGCUGUGCUGGCUUCCAAGGUGACGGUGGGUGAGGGUCUAGCAUACGUGGUCACCUGGACUCGUGCUGGUUGUAUCUGGCUGCCGCUUGCCACUAUUGGGGCAGCUGCCAAUCUUGGUAAUUAUAUCAUAGGAUGGUGUUUCUUCUACACCCUGUUGUUGUUUCUUAUGGCGACAUUCACGGAAAACAUGGUUCGACGUAUCUGUCUUCUUUUGUUUAACAGUUGCAUGUUUGGAAUUCUUAUGGAUCCUCAGCGCGGCACCGUAUACCCAUCACGGGUGAUGUCGGAUUGGUGCAUUGGCACAGGUCUUUGUCUUGUCGCCACCUUUCUGCCCUACCCGGUUUUUUCGAAAAAUAAAGCCCAUCGCGCUCUUGCUGAAAUUGCUCGAAACACAGGCACGGCGUUGACUGGCAUGUCUUCCUGCUUCUGGUCAGAAUCGAAUGUUACGCGGAAUAUGGCAAUGACCAAAGUCCGCAUGAUGACCGCGGCAAUCGAUCUGCUGAUGCAAAGAUUUCGUACCGCACAUGAGGAUUCCUUUUAUGAGUUUAUUUUUGAGGGUUUUGAGCCGUGGGAGGUACGGGAAGCCAAGGUGAAACUCUUUGAACGACUUCGUGCGAACCUAAGAGGGUUGUCUAGGGUUCUUGACAUUCUAGAGUCCAAGCCGUGGGUGGUUGAUGAUUCGGAGAGGUCACGGGCCUUUGGAGCGCUGAUACAACAACAUGUUUUGCGCUUCUCAAACUCGCUCGAUAAACUCACCGAGGAACUUGCCUCCACCAGCUCCUUUGGGCAGAUAAGGCAGCUUCACGGUCAUUUUGUCGAAUUGAAUGACGUCACAGUGAAACUCCAACACGAAUUUGACCAGGCCCGUCGAAGACUUUUUUACGAGAAUAAACCCGGUACUUUGGAGGAAUUUGUCCCGCUGAUGACGUUUUUUAUCUUCUCCAUCGUUAACUUCCGGGACACCAUGCUGCAGUUUGAUUCCGAGGUACAACGCAGGAAGCACCUUCUGAGAAAUUCCAUCAAGAGAGUUGUGGAUAAAACCAUGUUGGAGCCUAUCCAAUACACUUUUCGCUUUUGCCGGCGACUUGUGACGCAGUGGCGUCGUAGGGAAAUUCAAAGCUUGAUCGAAGCUGCGAAGGUGAGUGCGGCGAUGAUAUUAACCGUUGGUUUUUCGUUUCUUAUCGGGAUUGACAAGAAGUCACUUUCUGGGCCAAAUAUCAUUGCUUUUGUUUCUGGUGCCAAUCCUGUUGAAGCCCUGCAAGCCUCCAUCGUGCGACUCACGGCUUGUAUUCUCGGUACUGUGAUGGGCUUCUUUGCGGGGUCGUAUUCCUCAACAGCCGUCCAAAAGGUCGCCUCUCUGUGCGUACUCAUGUUUCUAGGCACAUUUUUCCGCACCGACAAAGACUAUGGUAUCAUGGCGGUGUACGCCAUGUUUGUGUUGAUUCCUUUAGACACUGUGGGCCAUACGACAACGGAAGAUACGUUGGCUCGCAUGAACCAAAUCACUUUUGGUAUUCUUAUUUAUGUGUCCAUCAGUGUUAUCGUACUUCCACUAAGUCCCGGUCUUAUCCUUCGCAAGAAACGCAUCAACAUCCUUUUACGCGUGAGCGAGGCAUUGACUUCGCUUUGUGAUAUGUUUUCAGAGCCUCUUCCAAUUGAUAGCAUGCAUUGCGGCACUCUCCCUAUUUACAGAGAAUCCAUCGUUCUUGAUGAACAUUAUGAAAGUAGCAAUUUGCCUGACGCAGAUUUUUUAAAAAAUGCGAGUACGCGUCUCAUGGUACGUGUAGAUCGUCCCAUGUUGAAAAUCAGUGAACUCCUGGACGAAAUUGAGGGCCGCCUUGAGGCAACUUAUCCGUUUAUGGGAUUCGCUCGUGCGGAACGCGGGAUUGUGGAUGCGGAUUAUCCAGCAAAGUCAUGUGAAAAAACAACAUAUCAUCUUUAUCGCAUCGUAAGCUUGUUGAGGACAGCUUGGUGCAGUUGGGAAGUUUUGAGAACUCAGAAACAUUAUGCUCCGGAUACAAGACAUGUACUCCAUUGCCUGCAGCCGAUUGCUUGGGAUGUCUGCCGCUCAUUUCAACGAUUUGUUGGCAUGCUUUGUUAUAGCCUGCGAAAUCCUCAGGUGUCAUUGGAAAUGGAGCUUAUCCAAGUUGUUCUGGAGCUUAUUCAGGCCACCGAGGAACUCCACCUUCGUAAGAAUCAAAUGAUGCUUUUUAUUAUAUGCAAUUCUGUGGAGAAACAUGUACGUUACAAAAAAGAGCCUGAUUUUUUCACCGCGGACGUAACAACCGUGCAAUCGGCACCCCACAAAGAAAAGGGGUUGAUGGCACUGGGCGGACUCGGCAGAAAACGGGUAGACGACGGGGGGUCUAUUCUUCCUCUUCUUCGAAAGGGCACAAAAGCCAAUCUAGAAGAAGACGACUCGCCCGAGCCCCCGGAGUCGGUGGCUCUUUCAGAUAACUUUGUUAUGCCUAUCACGGGGGCAGAUGCGGAAGGGCUUCAUUCCUUCACGUUGAGCAUGCAGAUGUUUGCGGAUGAAACGAAAAAGUUGUUGAUGUGCCUGGAGGAAAUGCUGGACCACUUGCGGAAAAAAAUGUAA